UAAGUGCGUGCUGAAUUGCCCUUCGUGUCUUGGAAAGGAACAUCGGCACUGACAGUUGUGGCUGCUGUGUUCUGCUGUGGCUUGCAUCUUCCUGUCUGAAAAUGACAGCGAAACCAGUAGUCCAGGUGCGCCCUUGUAUGUCAAAUGCCCAAAUCAUAAUAGAAGACAAGACACCGCCGUUGUCCGCGAAGAAACAAGUUCUCCGCAACUUGGUUGUUCUGAGUUUGAGCUUCUUACUCUUGUUCACCGCUUAUCAGUCUCUGCAGAACCUCCAGAGCAGCAUCAACGCGGAAGGAGGACUCGGAACUGCUUCCUUGGCUGCCGUCUACCUCGCCCUUGUUAUAUCAUGCAUGUUCGUGCCCAGUUACAUGAUCAGGCGCCUAGGCCUCAAGUACACGAUGGUCACCUCUAUAUGUAUGUACCUUGUGUACUUCUUCGCCAAUAUGAAACCGACGUGGAUAACUCUAAUACCGGCUUCUUUUAUCCUCGGAACUGGCGGCGCCCCCCUAUGGACAGCCAAGUGCUCGUACCUGACAGCGCAAGCUCAGGAGUACGCAGAUAUCGUAGGGGCACUGGAUUCUGCCCCGUUUGUCACUGGAUUUUUCGGGAUUUUCUUUAUGCUCUUCCAGUCUGCACAGAUCUGGGGCAAUUUAACAUCAUACUUAAUCCUCCGCCCUCCGCACGCGUUGUCCAUUACGGCAUCGGACUCGAUGCAGUGUGGCUCCAGCUUCCACCCGAUGCACGAUCUCAAGAUAAACAACACAAACCUGGGUAGCGUCACACCAUACCAAGUGCUCACACUGAGUGGCUUAUACGCGUGCUUGGUGAUAGCUUCGAUCAUUUUGAUGGUCUUGUUUUUGGAUCCGCUCGCAAAUGAGGUUCAGGAUGCCAGUCCACCAAAGCAGCUUAUCAUAGAGAGCCUAAGGCAGAUGAGGAACGGCUAUCAACAGCUAAUGAUCCCACUGACUAUCUACAGUGGGCUGCAGCAGGCCUUUCUCUGGGGAGACUACACGCAGGCAUUCAUUAGUUGCUCCUGGGGAGUGCAAUACGUAGGAUUCGUGAUGAUGUCCUACGGCGUAAUGGACUCCAUCUGUUCUAUGGUGUUUGGGCUCCUGGUGAGGAGAGUGGGGCGAAUUCCGUUGGUGCUCAUGGCGGCAGUGCUCAACUUGUCUAUGAUGGUGCUCAUGUUGGUGUGGAAACCGACACCUGAACAAGCCUUCUACUAUUUCAUCAUAGCCAUUAUAUGGGGCGUGGCGGAUGCUUCGUGGCAGACGCAAAUUAACGCUUUUUACAGCAUUAUAUUCGUGGAUAGCAGAAACGCAGCGUUCGCAAACUAUCGCCUUUGGGAGUCUACGGGGUUCAUCAUCAUGUUCGCACUACAGAGCGUUCUCCGGUUUUAUGUCAAGGUGAUUGGACUUAUGCUAAGUCUCCUGGUCGGCAUCGUGGGCUACCUUGUCAUCGAAUUUCACAAGAGUGCGGCCAGAACACCCAACUUCGCUAUGUAGAAUUUAGGAUUGCCAAUGUACGUUUGAAAUCGUACGUUUAAAAACAUUUAAAAUUGAA